GUACAGUCAUGUUCGGGACUGGGGAUGAAGAGCGCGACACACGCGCACACUUGCUACAAGGGAGGACCUCAAAGCGCGCGGACUCAACCCUUCCGCAGGUCGAGCACGCGCACACAUCCUCGCUCUCGUAGCGCGGCUCCACCAACCACCGGACAGCGAUUUUUGUGCCGUUCACCACCGUUCACCAGCCGCCCGGUCCCCGUCGUCCCCUGGGAUAACUUUACACAAUCCACGGGGCCAUGGUGAGUGACCGAUGAUCUGACACAGGCAGAUAUCAGAGACCGUCUCCGUGUUGGUUAUUAUGGGGUGUGCCUGUUGCAAGCAGAAGGACGCCGCCAAAGCAGCAGAGGCUGCGGACUGUUCCCCUGACAACGUGGAGGGGGGGGCGUUUACCGCCCUGGCUCCAGUCCGCUACAGCCCGGACCCCACCCAGAUAAUCCCGGACUUCAACAAGCCCUUCUCCGCCCCCCUCUUCCCCAGCACCACCAACCCACAGAUCAGACCCGUCGGCAACACAAGUGGUGGAGUUACCCUCUUCAUAGCACUGUAUGACUAUGAUGCUCGCACUGAAGAUGACCUCACCUUCAAGAAAGGAGAGAAAUUCCACAUCAUUAACAACACAGAGGGGGACUGGUGGGAGGCUCGCUCGUUGGACACAGGCCAUUCAGGAUACAUCCCCUCCAACUACGUAGCCCCUAUAGACUCCAUACAGGCUGAGGAGUGGUAUUUUGGGAAGAUGGGCCGGAAGGAUGCAGAGCGACAGCUGCUGGGACAGGGCAACCAGCGAGGAACUUUUCUCAUUCGAGAGAGCGAGACCACCAAGGGUGCCUACUCUCUGUCGAUCCGCGACUGGGACGACAACAAGGGUGACCACGUCAAGCACUAUAAGAUCCGUAAGCUGGACCAAGGCGGUUACUACAUCACCACGCGCUCCCAGUUCGACACCGUGCACGAGCUGGUCGACCACUACACCG